CGAAGAACGGUCGAGAGGGAACCGACUUUGAGUGUAAAUGACAAAGUCUUUGGAUUCGGGGGAGAUCAUGUUGAGAGAGACAGGGAUCUUAGGUUCAAUAAACUUAGAGAAACUGAGAGACAAGUUGUUGGGUUCUUGGGGUUCUCCCAGUGUCUUGAGGCUUGAGGGUUCAUCGUUUUUCAUCCUUUUGGGUGUUUUCAUGCAAUGUGUGUUUGCCAUUUCGAUGUGGACCAGGUCAGCAGCUGCAUGAAAGAGCAUGCUAGAUUUGUCUCAACACACAGCAAAAGUGGGCGUAGGCUUUUGAAUGACGCGCCAUGAAGAGAGCAACCCGUGUGCCUUUGCUUUGCGUCAUUCUGCUUCUUUCAAUUUCCCUUCAUCCCAUCCUCAAGGGAUGUGCUACGUUUGCGCUAUCUCCUACGUACCGGAUGCGAGAGAAAGAGGGCUUGGGUCGUCAUAGCGAUCCGGGGCACUUCCGAUCACCAGUCAACAGCAGUGUUGAAAUCGAGCUAGCCACAGAGGAAAAGGAGCUGGCUUCUCAUCUUAAGAUCGCAGGCGAUGGAGAGCCUGGGCAAUGGCAAAAGGUGUAUGCUAAAUACAUGGGAUCUAACACGAUAGUGCUUAAUGCAGCAAUGCAGGCAGCACUAAAGCAGAGGGACUUCAAGGAAGGCCUAAAGAUCUUUGAAAACAUAAGAGAGAAGACACGGCCAACAUGCACAAUUGCAAUGAAGCUGUUUGGAAAACUUGGGCAACUCGACAAAGUCGAAGAACUUUGGACAGAGUUAGACCAGGUGGACCAAGUUGCGGCUCAAGCACGAAUUGACGCGUCAGCAGAUAACGGGGAUGCCGAAGGGGCAAUGCAAGUCCUUGAUUACAUGCAUCAAAUAGGACUUGAGGCGAAUUUUUUGCACUUUUCCUCAGCCAUCAAUGCUUGCGCAAACGCGAAAGGAGCAGAUUUUGCUAAGUCGGCUCAAGGUCUUGUAGAUACAAUGGUUGCAAGGGGUGUCCAGCGCAAUAUCAUUACAUACACUAACUUGCUGCGUGCGUUGCGGCAAGAGCCUAAGCAGCAGUUGUUGAGCCUCCUGGUAGAGAUGGAAAGCCAGAAUAUUGGACCAGACACGCUGUUUGCACAGUCUUUCCUUUUUAUACUCUUGAAGAAGCCUCCAAAAAGCUGCUGGGACAAUAUCAAAGACAUUGCUGCACAUUUGAAGACACAAUCUGUGGCUGACCUACAGGCAGCAAAAGACUCUCUUGACCACAUGAGGGAUGCGAAGGUUCGAUUGAACAAGUCUUGCAAGCUCAUCGACGCUGCGCUUCAAAGGGUCCUUAGUGACUGAUCCUUGCAAAGGAUGCGGUCUUCAAAUCACCUUUGUGCUGGAGCGUGGCAAUUAGGGAUGAGCUUCUGGGAUAAAAAGAUUGGGCCGUUUGGCAAGACAACUUUUCCAGCCUAUACAUGGUUUUACAGGAGAGACCAUGACGAACUCCCGACCAGUCCUUUGGAACAUAUGAGUGGAUAUGAGUGGCAUAAUCUCCAAAAGACUCACUAAUUUCUAUGGCUUUGAGUUUGUCAGCCCGAAAUGCUUCAGGUGAAUGUCAUUGAAGUGAAAUGAAUUGAAUAUUCUUUGUACGUGAGGUGUUCCAUCUAGA